UGGUUGGCGUACCACCUACUAUUCCAAAACUGACUGCUAAAUUCCAAAUGCAGCAAUCAUAAACGAAAUUACACUCGAUCAAACAAACAUUGCAUCAGAUCAUGCUGGAGAAUAAUUCUGCAAAAGGUCAAUCACUGGCAUCCGAUAGUUCGGAAUAGCUUCAAGUUCACCACCCAAGAUCACUUUCAUCGUCCACGCGCACCGGUUGCAAAUAUCAAACAUAAACAGACACACACACACAUACCCGCCCGUACUCGAUCCAGUUCACGAUCAGUGCUUGAACUGUCCCAACAAGAAAAGGAUAUAACUUUUUUUUUGCUUGCUACCAACACCGUUGCUGCGGCGGUGGCGGUGGCAAUUCUUUUAGCAGUGAACGAAUUUGGACAACCAACAAAGCAAGUUACUAUAAAACGACUGAGACAAUUUUGUUUCAGCACAGUUCGAUCAGUUUCAUUGCUUAGUCAACAGCCUACUGCCUACUCUUUCAGUAACCAUGGCAUUUAAGUUUGUAACCUUCCUCGCCCUGGUGGCCGUUGCCCGUGCUGGAAUCAUCGCGAGCCCAGCUUUGUCCUACUCCGCUGCUCCAGCCCUGUCAUACGCUGCCCCAGCUCAACUGGCCUACUCCGCCCCAGUCACCAAAACCCUAGUUGCCGCCCCUCUGACCAAAACGAUCGUCGCCGAUGAGUACGACCCGAACCCACAGUACUCAUUCUCGUACGGAAUCUCCGAUGGUCUGACCGGAGACCAGAAGAGCCAAGAGGAAUCCCGCAGCGGAGAUGUCGUCCAUGGUUCGUACUCCGUUGUUGAUCCAGAUGGUUUCAAGCGCACCGUUGACUACACCGCCGAUCCCCACAAUGGAUUCAAUGCUGCCGUCCGUCGUGAACCAAUCGGAGUGAAGACCGUUGCUGCUUAUGCUGCUGCCCCUGUGGCCACCAAGACCAUCGUCGCGCAGCCUGCUUACGCCACCUACUCCGCUCCUCUGGCCACCAAGACAAUUGUGUCCCAGCCUGCUUAUACCGCCUACUCUGCUCCAUUGGCCACGAAGACGAUCGUGUCGCAGCCUGCUUACGCAGCCUACUCCGCCCCGCUGGCUACUAAGACCAUCCUUUCGCAGCCGGCCUACGCUUCCUAUGCUGCCCCCGCGCUGUAUCAUCACUAAGCAACUGAUCCUGUUAUCGACUGUUUGUUGACUGUGCUUAUUUAUUGGGACGUGAAGUGAGAUUUGAAU